AUGGAAGCCAAUUUAAAUGGAGAUAUACUAAUGGAUGAAGAGGAAGAGAAAAAGGAGGAGAAAACGAUGGAGAGAGAGUAUAGUCUUUGCGUGAUCGUGUGCAGUUGUGCCGCAAGCGUUUUUGUGGCUGCCGUAAUAACUGUGGCGAUUUUUACAGUAACCACUUUGAAGACGAAUAAUAAUAAUAGUAAUAACGCAUCCAUCCAAACAUUACCAAAUCCAAUCGCUACUACAACCGAAUCUUCAAAUACUCCUACUACCACCAAAAACGUGCAACAACAGCCAGUAGCUGAUGAAGUUACUACUUCUGCUGCUACAUCCACUGCUGUAGCAGUUACUACAGAAACUUGCAGGCCACGCGACGCCACCGCGAACUACAUGCCAGCGUCAGAACCAACUUUCACGGCGACAAAUGGCACUUACCUUUAUUCCAAGAAUAGUAUCAAAAAAGCCUUAUUCGGCUACAACAAUACUCUGUACAAUGCGAGAAUAGAGUUCACAAGUGGUGAUAGUAAAAAUCUUUCAGUGGCUGAGUUAGUCAGUUUGGGGAUGAGUUUCGAGAAUGUGGAAUAUUUUGCCGUGUUAGUGUACGCUCCACCUGGCGAUGUUGUACAUAGUGUGGCUGGAAAGCCAUUGUAUAAUGAUAAGACUAAACAAGAGAGCCUGAUAAGCAACAGCAGAUAUGCGUUCUUAUCGAUCGUAAUCGGGUUAACUCCUAUCAAACCGUCAAGAGACACCGAAACUAUGACCAUCUUAAUCGAUAAGAGAUCGUACGGCAGGGAUGUUACAUACAUCGGCGGAUCUAGAGAACUUUUUCGUAGGGCAAGAUUUGUGGUAGUGUGGCCAAAAUUAGUGUGGCUUUCCCCGUUCUACCCCCACUUAGAUCCGCCACUGGCUACAUACAAAUGCGUAGAGUUUGAACUCUCAGUUCAAUUCCGAACAAUGAGAUGA